CGAGGUUAAUUUGACAUAACCCCAAACUUGCAACAAACGGCGUGCUUUGCUCUGGUGUUUUCAGCUUAACAGCACUCUUGUCUUGUUAUUUACCGAAAAUGGAGAAUCCCGGGUCGGAGAAAAAGCGCAAGAAAAUCAAGGAAGAGAAGCUUGUUGCUCUGCAAAAAGAAGCCAGCUUUCAGCUGGAGAGUUCGGACAAAACGGCCAAGCUCGAUACCUCUCAAUGGCCCCUAUUGCUCAAGAAUUUCGACCGGAUGAAUGUGCGAACCAACCAUUAUACGCCUAUUCCAUGCGGGGCCAGCCCCCUGAAACGUGAGUUGUCUGAGUACAUCAAAUCGGGGUAUAUUAACCUGGACAAGCCGAGCAACCCCAGUUCACACGAGGUGGUGGCUUGGAUCAAACGCAUCCUCAGGGUGGAGAAAACUGGACAUUCGGGCACUUUGGAUCCCAAAACCACUGGCUGCCUGAUUGUCUGCAUUGAGCGGGCGACCCGACUGGUCAAAUCGCAGCAAGCCGCAGGUAAAGAGUACGUGACGGUCUUCAAGCUGCAUGCCCCCAUUGAAGGGGGCGCGUUGAAAGUGAAGCAAGGCUUGGAGAAGUUAAAAGGGGCGCUGUUCCAGCGCCCCCCUUUAAUUUCAGCCGUCAAGCGACAGCUGCGAGUGCGAAGUGUCUACGAGAGUUCGCUCUGUGAUUUUGACGAAACUAGAAACCUUGGAGUGUUUUGGGUCAAAUGCGAAGCUGGAUCCUACAUUAGGACCAUGUGUGUGCACUUGGGACUGGUGCUAGGAACUGGCGGACAAAUGUUGGAACUGCGACGGGUUCGAUCGGGAAUUAUGGGCGAGAUGGACGACACUUCUACACUACACGACGUUUUGGACGCGCAAUGGCUGUACGACAACCACAAGGACGAAAGCUACUUAAGAAGGGUGAUCAAACCGUUGGAAGGGCUGCUGGUCAAGCACAAGCGAAUAAUCAUGAAGGACAGCUCGGUGAACGCAGUUUGCUUCGGGGCCAAAAUCCUGCUACCGGGCAUUCUCAGAUACGACGACAACAUCGAGAUGAAUGAGGAAAUCGUGAUUGUCACCACUAAAGGAGAGGCGAUCGCUUUGGGCAUUGCCCUCAUGACAACGGGUACGAUCGCUUCCUGUGAUCAUGGAGUGGUGGCGAAGAUCAAGCGGGUGAUAAUGGAGCGCGACACGUACCCCCGUAAGUGGGGCCUCGGCCCGCGGUCCAGCCAGAAAAAAAUCCUGGUUUCCCAAGGAAAACUCGAUAAAUACGGUCGCCCCAACGAAAACACCCCCAGCGAAUGGAUCAAUACCUACGUGGACCUUAAAAAGGAAAUCAAGAAAGAGAUCGACGAAAGCCAGACAGUACCCAUUGAAGAAGAGUCUAAGAAACGCAAGCUGAGCACUAGCACCGACGUUUCAAUGGACGUCCCCGCGAAGGAGAAGCACAAGAAGAAAAAGCAUCGGUUGGAGUCCGAGGCCGACACAGAGGCAACACCAAGCGCCCCGGAAGAAGGUGAGAGCGAGACCCCCAGCAAGAAGAAAAAGAAGCAUAAAAAGCAGUCUGAGGCCUCAGAGGGCGCGAGCACAAGCCAGGUGACGGAAGACAGCGUAACUGAGGGCGAGGGAAAGCAGAAGAAGAAAAAAAAGAAGAAGUCCAAGGACGUGGAGGUUGAGGAGGCCGAAUAGUGCAGCGGGUUCCCGGGAAUAAAUGUUUUAUCGGGUACUUCUAGCAAGUAGCAGCAGCGAAUGGAAUUUUUUCAAACUUUGUAUUCUGGAAGUGUGCGUAUUUGCCACACGUUUCCUUCCAUCCAAACAGUUCAAUUUCCUAUUGUUGCCACACGGAGUUUUAUAAAGAAAUUAAAUUGUUUUUCUAUAUAA